AUGGCGUCUUCAAGGCAGCCAUAUGUUCCCCCCAUUCCAAUCACCACUCCAGACACAUCCCCAGCAACUUCCACCCCAGCACGACGAUACGGCAGAAUCCAAGACUCAGGAGCUAUCCGACAACGAUGGCUUGAAGACCCCACAGACAGCACCUGCAAAAUCCAACCUAGUACCCUAACCGUCGACGACCUCAUAACAGCACACUGGUGCAUCCGUACUAUCAAGGGUAACAUCCCAUUCCAAGUUUCUCACAACGCCUUCGCUCUAGGAUAUGCCGAUGAAGCAAUCUACAACGAGACAUUGGCACAAAGUUAUGCUAAGGGCAAUUUCGGGGCCGCUGGAUGCGAGAACGUCUACGACAUCGUAGUUGGAAAGGGACUGGUCAUCGCCGAGGGGAUAUUCAGAAUCGACGGGCCACAAUUUUCACAGAUUGCCCGAGCUCAUAUGCAGGAGAUUGCUGAUCCCCAGAGUCUACGACACUUCUACGUUUGUGAUAUCGUCAAUAUACAUACUAGGAACUUUGUGCAGAAUGUUCUGUACUCCCCGCGCAAUGGUCUUACUUGGCCUCCGGUCUGUCGAGAUCCGCGGAUCUGGGAGUAUAACACGCCUGAGUACCAGGGUCUGCUUGGUACGCGUAUUGGGAAGUGUGCGGUUUAUCUGGUUCUAGAGAUUUUUCCUAGAGGUACGUAUUAUAUUGCUAGGAUUUUGACCUGGGAUCAGAGUGCUUCGCUUGAGAUUAGGUUUGACAUUGAACCUAUUCCUAUAUCUGUUUCCGUUGAUUGA